CGUCCCUGCUCGAGUGCUACCCAGAGGAGAACCCGUUCUUGCUAGACCCCCCCGCCGUAUAACCUCACACCAUACCCUCCCGACGAUUCAGGCGAUACUCCAGAAUUCAGGGCCGCCGCUUGCGAUGUGGCGAGCAAGACCGCACUCAAUCCUCUUGCAGGAACUUAUGGGACGUGCCCCGUGCAUGUCGUAGACAUGCGACUGAUCCUUGCAGAUAUGCCGCUCACCAAGUAUGAGCGGCCACCUCCGCUCCAGAAAGCCGUGCUUAAGGACGAGCUGGUGUUCCUGGAGCAAAUCAAUCCGAAGGGAAGCACAGCAUUGUUCAAGAUACGCGUCGGAGAACGGGUGCUCCUACUGAAGAUGUUCCGCAACAAGGAGGUCUCGCUCGAGAACUAUCGCAAGCGCGAGGAAGCGCCGCCACAUCCGAUGAAGCGUUUCGAACGGGAGAGCGACGCGUACGCGCAUCUGCAGCACUACGGCGCGUGCGAGGCGGGUGCGGUGCCGAAGUGUUAUGGCUGGCUUGAGCUGUCAGUGCAGGACAUGGAUGCCAUCGCUGCGCUGCCCGGGAUCGACGUACGGUGGCAGCACCUCAAGGACGACGAGAAGCCACCAAAGGCACUUCUCAUCGAGUUCUUCGAGGGCGCCCAGCGGCUGAGCACACAGACCAUCACGCUGGCAGUGGCAGAUGCAGCGUUGAGGGCACUGUACCACGUCCAUGCGUCGUACAUAGUGCACAGUGACGUGUACGGACGCAACACCUUGGUUCUUCCCGAGGGCCGCGUCGUAUGGGUCGACUUUGAUGCAUCCUGGGCAGUGUGGCGAUCAAGCGGUGACACACCCGUUCGCAGGCAAGAUCUGUUUGACGAGCUUGCUCGAGCCUGGACUCACUUCUACGACGAAUUGGUGCGUGAGCGUGUGGUUGCAGACGAUAUAUCACAUUUGUUGACCUAUACUAUAGUUGCCCGACAAACGGAUCGGUUUUACCCAUUGGCUGUACUGAUCACUUACAUUGCCCUUCGCCAAUGCUGCAUGCUCAGUCUGCUGCUACCCGUAUACUAUGCAGAGACUGACUCAAGAUCGGACGCUUCUACAAACUGGUCGGGCGCACGAAAUUUGCUAGAUCAGACUCUACGUACAUUGCAGGAGACUUGA